AUGGAUGUUAAGAACUACAGACCAUUCAGCUUGACAUCAGUACCAUGCAAAAUUCUGGAGUCGCUCAUUCGAGAUGAGAUAGUUGCCCACCUGAUGGAAAAUGACCUACUGUGUGAUGAACAGCAUGGCUUUGUUCCAGGACGCUCUUAUGUGACACAGCUUCUGACUGUCGUGGAGGCAUGGACUGAGAUGCUGGAUAAAGGAACCCCUAAUGAUGUGAUGGACUUCAAGGGUCUGUCAAGAUCUAUGCUGACGACACUAAAUGGCAAAGCAUCCACCAAAGAUGAUCUGUGCUCAAUCCAAUCUGACCUUGAUGCACUAAUGGAAUGGAGCAAUACAUGGCAAAUGCACUUCAACACACAAAAGUGCAAAGUACUACACAUAGGCCCAGGAAACGUCAAACACAUCUAUGCCCUUGGAGAUGAUGUCCUUGAAGCUACAUCAGAGGAGAAAGAUCUCGGCAUCCUCAUUGAUGACGAGCUAAAGUUGCAUAACCAUGUGGCAUAUGCUGUCAAGAAAGCCAACGGAGUACUCUCCUGCAUCCGUCGCAGCUUUGAGUGCAGAGACAGGUCAACAAUUCCAAAGCUGUACAAAGGCCUUGUCAGACCUCUCAUAGAUUACGGAGAUUCCAUAUGGUACCCUCGCUUCAAGACUGACUCCAAAACCAUAGAGAGGGUGCAGAAGAGAGCUACCAAAAUGAUUUAUGACAUCCGCAACCGUCCUUACAUAGAGAGACUUCGGGCGCUCAACCUUCCCUCCCUCGAAUAUCGCAGACGGCGAGGCGACAUGAUUCAGGUUUUCAAAAUCAUCCAUGGACUUGAACGCAUCCCAGUUGAUACCUUCUUUGAACACUUGACUAGCAACACAAGAGGCCACAGUCUAAAGAUCGUAAAACAAAGAUGCUCAACGAAGAUUAGACAGGAUGCAUUCAGCCAACGUGUCAUCAAUGACUGGAACACACUUCCUGAAGAGGUAGUCACUGCUACCACGGUGAAUGCCUUUAAAGCCAGACUGGAUCGAAAUACCCGACGCAGAACUGAGCCAGACAAACUUACCAAGAAGACACCCAACUACGAGAAGGAAGAAAAUGAAAUUGAACUGGAAGCCCGACUGCUGAGAACACAGCAUUCUUCCAGAAUAUCGGGUAAAGACUAUGUGAGCAGCCCCCAGCCUCACAAGAAGCACAAGAAACGUAAACACAAGAAGCACAAGAAGCAUCGCGAGUCUGGCAAUGGAGGUCAAAGUUCAGAUACAGGACAAAGCGAACUUGUAGAAGCAACCGACUCCUUGACCGGCAAACCACAGCUCAAACUUAAGAUCAAAAUCGGUGGCCAGACAUUGAGGACAAAGAGCUUUGAUAAGAUAAGUGUGACAGCAUCAUCAGAUGAUCCAAGUGAAGAUGAAGAAGAAGAAGAAGAAGAAGACACAUUGGAUGAUGAUGUCAGUAAUGAUACAUGGAGGGGAGCUACCCCAAGUCCUGUAUCUCAGGCCAGCAGUACCGGUAGACCAUUAUCUAAGCGCUCUAAAGAACAGGCAGAGGAGGAGGCUUGGUUGGAUGCUCUAGAGGCUGGCAAGCUAGACGAGUAUGGAGAGAUACCAAAACCCAAAGAUGAAUCACUUCUUACUGCUAGACAGAAAUCUCUCCUGAAAAGAAUAGCUGCAGAAGAAGAAGACUUGACACCAUCAUCCUUCUUUGGCGCCCAAGGCAAGAUCCCUGAGAUGACAGAGGAAAUGAUUGAAAAGAAAGCUGAGAAAGCUCAGAGGAGGAGAGUACAAGAAAGACGGAAGCAGGAAGAAAACAAGAAACAAACAAUAGAAAAGCUGCUCAAGAAACAAGAUGCUAAAUUGAAGGCUGCUAAGGCUAAAUUAAAGCGGAACCUGGAAGUUCCUCAUAUCAGAUACUGUAACAGUAGCAGUGGUGUAUCACUCUCUUACCCUGCUGGAUACGACUUUCCUCUUGAUAAAACUCAACCUCCGCCGAUUAAAACGAUCGCGAAAUGUGGAGUCAGUGGUUGUCUCAAUGCCAGAAAGUACUCUUGCUCAAAGACUGGUGUUCCUCUCUGCAGCUUGGAAUGCUACAGGAAGAAUCAGACACUAAUAUGUCCAACAUGAUAGUCACCUGUCCUUAUAUACAUAAAGUGACAUUGAGAGACUGGUUAUCAUUUCUUGAUAUGAGGAAAGCUGCCUGUCGGUGUGGAUUCUGUUGAUAUUGACACAGAGGAGUGUUCAAUUUUCGCUAUUGCCAACAUAUUGAAAAUACCUGUAUGUUACGGUCCAAGUCACUUGAUCACCAUCUGAUGAUAGGAGAUGAAAAUCUAACAGAAUCUCAUAAGUGAGGAACUUGUGUUGUGGCUGAAGAUAGUUGAUUCAUCAGUGUAUUAUCAUAAUUUCUAAAGUUACAGGUGUUAUGAAAUGAGCUAAAUUAAGCUAUAUUUUACAUCAUGCGAAAUAUCUUACCGGGUACUUUUAAAUUGCUUCAUCUUUAUUACACCUCUUUUGUUCUUGUCUUAUCAUGAAAUACAUAAUUUCUUUGACCAGUCAAGUACCUAUACGGCAAAGAAAAUACCAGGUAAAAGGUGGAGGUGUUGUGGUCUAGUGGAUAUGUCACCGGACUGUAGUUAACAUGGUACAUUUCACUCAUUUUGUAUGCAUAAAUAAUUGUAUAAUUCUGGUAAGUAUAUCAAAUGAAGUAAAUGUUGCAAUGCAAUACUUGCAAAAUAUUACAGAGACAUUUGGAACAGCACCUAAAGUCAGAAAUGAAGUUACAGGGUUCAAAUCCCAGCCUGGCACUAACUUUCUUUGGCAAGAUGUAAAUAUCUGUUGCCACUCUCCACCCAGGUGUUAAAUGGGUACCUGAUAUGCUUGAGCAAUAAUUACAAUGUACUCUGGCAGCUCAGCUUUAAUCAGGGUAAUAAUAUCCAAGCGCCAUGAGCAUCACUGCAUGACGGAUAUGAGCGCUAUAUGAGUGACCAUUAUGUACACUAUCUAAAUGGUGAACUUUAAGGAACCUCGCCUCAAGAAAUAACUUGAGGUAUUCAGAGAAAUUUAUUGCAUUCUUGUCCAUUAAUCUACAAGAUCCCCCCCCCCCCCAAAAAAAAAA